AGUGUUUUCACAGUAGAAAUGCCCAAACGUAAGAAUACGGGCGCGGAGGAUUCCAGACGGAAGCGACAGAGAGGGGAUGGUAAGCCCAGGUUUCUGGAGGAACCACAGGUCUAUGCGAAGGAUGGUAUGCGGUUCGUCAAGCCCUACAGGUUCGAGUUCCGGUGUUAUAUCAAGAAGCGGUGGUUGGGAAAGAAUCUACUCGAUAUAUGCGAAGCGGAAUUUAUGGCCCAGCCUCCCGAAUACUACGAGAAUGCGAUCAAGGAAGGGAAGAUUACGAUUGACUUCAACAAGGUGGAACCCGAUCACGUCCUUCAAGGCAAUGAACUUCUCAUACACGAGACUAUUGUCAACGAGAAUCCUGUGCCUUUUGAUGGUGAGCUGAAGAUCGUCGGAGAGACUGACGACGUGGUCGCUGUAGACAAGCCCUCCGGGAUGCCCGUACACUCAGGCGGCGGUCACAGAGUGAAUUGCUUGUCGGCUAUUCUCAAAGAGCAAGAUCCCUCGAGGUUCUCUCUUGCUAUUCACACUCUCCACCGUUUGGACCGCUUAACGUCGGGCAUUGUUAUAUUAGGGAAGAAUCCAGACGUGGCUCGAGCCUUUAGUGAAGCCUUCAAAAAGCAUGAUCAAGAAAUACAGAAAUGCUACUUAGCCAGGGUGAAGGGAAAAUUCGAAGGCUCCAAUGUCGUCGUCGAGGGGUUCAUGCGCUGCGUUGACUUCAGAGUUGGAAAGUUCAUUCUUGUCAAGUCUAAUAAAGGAACAGCAUCUGAAGACGCAAACCAGGGUGAUGCUCCGACGUCCACGCCCUCCGGGGAUGACAAAAGCGCCGUUGAGGAGGAACAUAUCGAGGAUAAAUGGAGCCAAACAAGCUUCGAUAAGGUGUGGUAUGAUGAACAGAACGAUGAGACUAUCAUCAAAUGUUACCCCAAAACCGGCAGAACCCAUCAGAUCAGGGUCCAUCUCGAGUCCAUCGGCCAUCCCAUCGCCAACGAUAGCUGCUACGGUGGAGAGUACAAGGCUGAUCAUCCCUUCGCAUUCCCAUUGGCGCCCCAUGCCAAUAAUGUUCCUCCGAAGGAAGGUUCAUCUUACUCCCACAUAACUGGGAUUUGGCUCCACGCUCUCUCUUACAAAGUGCCGAGUAAGAAUCUCGACUUUACCAGUGAGUGGCCCAAAUGGGCGAUUGAGCCGACUCCGCAGUCGUGA